GACCUGCAGGGUCGCCUCUGGCAGAACGAGGGCGAAAUCCCCAACAACGGUGUGGACGACGAUGGCAACGGCUUUGUGGACGACGUGCACGGCUUUGACUUUGCAGAUGAGGAUCCAUGGGUGCAAAAGGGGACCUUGAGCAUCCUUUUGGAUGAAAAGUACAUGGAGAGAGCUGUGUAUGCGGACAGGGUCAUUGCUGCGGUCCGGAAUUCUGUGGGAGUGGUGGGGGCUGCUGGUGGCAAUCCUGCGAUACGGAUCAUGGCCCUGCGGUUCCUCAGCCGGGAUGGGGGCCGUACCAGCGACGCCGUGCUGGCGCUGAACUACGCCAUCUCCAUGGGGGCCAUCGUCUCCUCGAACAGCUGGGGUGGGCCUUCCCACAGCCUGGCGCUAGAGGCAGCUGUUCAGAGCGCGAAGGAAGCGGGCCACCUGUUCGUGGCAGCAGCAGGCAAUCUGGGUAGAAGCAAUGACUUGAUCCCGACGUACCCCUGCAACUACGAGCCUGCCUUGUGCGUGGCAGCGACAGCACCCACGGACCAACUGGCCGACUACAGCAAUUAUGGCGUUGACUCGGUGCAGAUCGCAGCUCCAGGCACCGACAUCUACAGCACACACCUGGGGCCUCGAAGCUACAUGGCCCUCAGCGGCACGUCCAUGGCUACCCCCCUCGUUGCGGGAGCCACCGCUCUCGUCUGGAGUUGGAUGGGCCGAAGCUUUGUGAGUGAUUUGGACGACCUGCAGUCUAUCGUGGUGGAGUCUGCCGAGCGGGCGCCCUGGCUCGACGGCUUCGUUUCUGCUGGGCUCCUGGACGUGGGGGCUAUGGUCUCGAAGGCAGAGUCCAGGAACUGGAUUCGUUUCCAGGAGCCUUCUGGUGGCUGGAGAGAUCCGACGGGCACACUGGCUCGCAUCUCGGUGCCGGCCAACGGCGCCGUGUCUUUGGGGGUGGAAAUCGGCCAUGAGUUCCUCGGGGUUGGCGUCUACCAGGCCCAGAUCAACAUCGACUGGGGAGAGGGCAAGAAGGAUUGUGACGAGAAGGUGCCAGUGCAGUAUGAGAUACUUGGCACGCCUUUCCUGCCUUCCACGAUCUUUGCCGGCGCGCUUGAAUUCGGGACGGUCCCGGUCGGAGGAGAGGGUCGACGCACUGUGCGGAUCUGGAACUUCGGAAACGGUACUGCCCGAGCGCAAGUCUUGCCACUGGCCGUCCCCUUCGCAGGACCGAGUAUGGAGGUGUCUGUGGAGCCACACCAGUCCGCGGACGUCGUGAUCACAUGUCGCCCAAGCAGCACGGGCACCUACGCCGGCACAGUGGAGUUCAAGACGAAUUCUGGCCUCACUGCGUUCGAUGCGGUUGCAGUGGAUGCUCUGGACCACGGCGAAGCUUUUACAAUGCCGCUCCAUUGCGAAGGAAGUGAGGCGCCACACAUGGAGUUGGAUGCCUUCAGUGGCGUCAUGCUACUGCGUCGCUUGGCGGCAUGGGCCGCAUGGCUUGUGCACUUGGCUACUCCGUUGUUUGAGAUGAAAAGCUGA